CUAUUUGACAUUAUUAUUAUAAACCCUAAAGUAAACAAACCGAUUCCUUGUGAAAACAAAGGCAUGGACCAAGGCAGCGAUGAGUAUCAAAGACUUACGUGGGAUGCAUUGACAAAGAGUAUUACCCGGUUGGUCAACAAAGUCAACGCCGACAACAUCAAGAACAUAAUUCCGGAGCUGUUUGCCGAAAAUCUAAUACGGGGUCGGGGUCUGUUCUGCCGGUCAUGCAUCAACUCUCAAGCAGCUUUUCCAUCUUUCACCGAUGUAUACGCAGCAGUGGUUGCUGUACUCAACACCAAAUUCCCCGAAAUCGGGAUCGUUUUACUGCGUAGGCUAAUACUACAGUUCCAGAUUGCGUACAAGCACAACGACAAGCCAAAAUUAGUCGCUACGGUCAAGUUUAUAGCGCACCUGGCGAAUCAGAAUGUAGUCAACGAACUUAUUGCUCUCGAGCUGUUGACUUUGCUGCUUGAAAAGCCAACCAACGAUAGUGUUGAAUUGGCUGUUGGCUUUGUUACAGAAUGUGGGUCGUUGCUCUUGGAAGUUUCUCCACAUGGGUUGCAUGGCGUGUUUGAGCGAUUUCAUGGAAUUCUUCACAAAGGAGAAGAAAUAGAUAAUCGUGUUCUGUUCUUGAUCGAAGACCUAUUUGAACUGCGUAUAGCAAAGUUCGAGGGCUACCCUGCUAUUUGUCCGGAAUUGGAUUUAGUGGAGAAAGAAGACCAAUGGACUCAUGUUUUAUCAUUGGCUGAUAAGAUUGACCCUCAAAUCGCGGUAGAUAUUUUCAAACCAGACCCGGAUUUCGUAGAGAAUGAAAUUUUUUAUGAAGAACUGAAGAAGGAUAUUCUAGGUGAGAAAGAAAAAGAAGAAGAAGAUGAUCAAGAAUUGGAAUCGGAAUCGGAAUCGGACUUAAUAAAGGAUGAGCCAGAGACGAAUUUGAUGAAUCUUCGAAGAAGUAUCUAUCUGACAAUUAUGUCGAGUGUAGAUUUCGAAGAAACGGGGCAGAAGCUAUUGAAAAUACUGAAAACGGCACCUGGUCAGGAGAUGGAACUGUGUACUAUGUUGUUGGAGUGUUGCAGUAAUGAGACAACCUACCUACGCUACUAUGGGCUUUUAGGGCAGCGGUUUUGCACGAUAAACGAAGUCUAUCGUGACACUUUCAAAAAGUGUUUUGUCCAGCAAUACUCCACCAUUCAGCAGCUCGAGACGAAUAAAAUACGGAAAUUGGCAAUGUUCUUUGCUCAUUUACUUGCCACAAAUGCGUUGACCUGGCAUGUUUUGGCGUAUAUACGGUUGACUAAAGAGGACACAACUUCUUCUUCUCGUAUUUUCAUUAAGUUUCUCUUCAAGGAUUUAUCCGAGCAGCUUGGAAUUCGCCUACUCAACGAACGUCUAAGUAAAGACUCGUUCGACAAAUCUAUAUUUCCAAAGGAUAAUCCAAUCAACACUAGGUUUGCUAUUAACUAUUUCACUUCCAUUGGACUUGACGGAAUCACAGAGAAUUUACGAGACUAUUACACAAACAUGCAAAGGCUCGUAAUCCAACAACAAAACUCACACGUAGAAUCUGAAUCUGCUGGAUCGAAGAAGAGAAGAAUAAACUAAGGCUUCACACUCAGUGGACAUUACAUAGAGCUUAUAGUACUGUUUUAGUAACAUUGUUCAUAUAUAUGACUAGGGAUCAGUUUAAAUAGCAAUAC